CUCAAAUACAAAAACACUUCCAUCAACACACAAACACCACCACAUGGCUGCGCGUACAAUCCACGCGCUACCAAUCUUUCUCCUCCUCCUUCUCUUCUUCACCACAUCUUCACCGACCAACGCUCAACAACCAUACGUCAACAACCACCAACUAGCCUGCGAGGUCCGAGACUUCGACAACAUAACCAACGGCUUCACCUGCAACGGCCCACCCUCAUGCCGCUCCUACCUCACCUUCUGGUCUCUCCCACCCUACAACACCCCCAACUCCAUCGCCACACUCCUCAACGCCUCCGCCACCGAGAUCCAAUCCCUCAACAACCUCACCUCCCUCACAUCCACCAUCCCCACCCGUCAACUCGUCCUCAUCCCCACCACCUGCUCCUGCUCCUCACGCGGUAACCUCUACCAACACAACACCACUUACACACUCUCCGGCAGAACAGCCGAGACUUACUUCUCCGUUGCCAACGACACUUACCAAGCUCUCUCCACGUGUCAAGCCAUGAUGUCUCAGAACCGUUACGGAGAGAGAAACUUAACAGCCGGGUUAGACCUCCUCGUCCCUCUCCGCUGCGCUUGCCCCACGCGGAAUCAGACCGCCGCGGGGUUCAGGUACCUCUUGACUUACUUAGUGGCCCAGGGAGACAGCAUCUCCGCCAUCGCGGAGAUGUUUGGAAGCUCGUCGGACGCCGUGAGAUCCGGUAACGAGCUCGCGUCGGACGAUAUUUACUUCUUUACGCCGCUUCUUGUUCCUCUCAGGACGGAACCGAGGAGAAUAGUGAUUACUCCUCCGUCGCCGACACCGCCGGUUUCUGCUACUCCUCCGCCGCCGGUGGUUUCUCCGGGGUCUAAUUCUUCUUCUAAUAAAUGGAUUUACAUCGGAGUUGGAAUCGGAGCUGGUUUGCUUCUAUUAAUCUUAAUCUUAUCUCUCUUCUUCUGUCUCUACAAAAGAAGAUCCAAAACGUCGUCGUUAACUGAACAGAACAAGUUAACAGACUCAUCGACAAAACAGUCUCUUCCGACAACGUCAUGGUCAAUCGAUUUAUCGAAAUCUUCAGACACCACAACAUCUGGUCUCAAAUCAGCUAUAGAGUCUUUAACUCUCUACAGAUUCAGCGAACUUCAAUCCGCGACUUCGAACUUCAGCGAGGAGAAUAAAAUCAGAGGCUCGGUGUAUCGCGCAACGAUCAACGGAGACGACGCGGCGGUUAAGGUGAUCAAAGGAGACGUCUCUUCCUCCGAGAUCAGUCUCUUGAAGAAGCUAAACCAUUCAAACAUCAUCCGUCUAUCAGGGUUUUGUAUCCGUGAAGGAACCUCUUACCUCGUCUACGAGUAUUCAGAGAACGGAUCGGUUAGUGAUUGGCUUCACUCGUCUAACAAGAAGAAGACUCUUACGUGGAGACAGAGAGUUGAGAUCUGUCGGGACGUAGCGGAGGCGUUGGAUUAUUUGCAUAACUACGUAACGCCACCACAUAUCCACAAGAACUUGGAAACCACAAACGUGCUUCUUGAUUCUAACUUGAGAGCCAAGAUUUCGAAUUUCGGUGUCGCGAGGAUUCUUGAUGAUGAAGAAGGUGGUGGUGAUGUUGGUGUUCAGUUGACAAGACAUGUUGAAGGAACACAAGGAUACUUAGCUCCGGAGUAUGUUGAGAACGGAGUUAUAACUCCGAAGCUAGACGUGUUUGCUUUUGGAGUUGUGGUUCUUGAGCUUCUUUCGGGGAGAGAAGCAGUGACGGUGGAUAAGGAGAAGGGAGAUGUGUUGUUGUGUAGAGAUAUAAACAAUGUGCUUGGUGGAGAGAAUGUGAGGGAGAAGCUUAAGGAGUUUAUGGAUUCAUCUCUAGGGAGUGAGUAUCCUUUGGAGCUGGCUUUCACUAUGGCUCAGCUAGCUAAGAGCUGUGUGGCACCUGAUAUUAACUCGCGGCCAUCUAUUGGUCAGGUUCUGACCACACUCUUGAUGAUUGUCUCGUCCUCUAUUGAUUGGGAGCCUUCUCAUGACCUGCUUCAUGAUUCAGGAUCUCUUGGCAACUAGUUCUUCUAUUAAUUUUUUUUGUUUGUCAUUAAUUAUGUUAUGUAUUUAGAUUUUAGAUUAUGUGUAACAUAUAAGAUAAAGACCAUAUGCCUAUAAGAGCAAAAAUAAGUACCACAGUGUACAACAAAAGUAAUAAGAU